CUGCUAGGUGACAUCAGCAUGCUCUAGGAGGACUAGGUCUCUGAGCCAAUGACAGGAGCAGGAGACGCUGGCUAGUAGUUUGAAACUUUGAAUCGCGGCUUAGGUGCUGUCGCUGUGUGCACAGGAGCCGGGGAGAGAGUAUGAUCGGGAGAAGGAGCCGCCGUGUGCGCCGUCAGGUAGUGUGGCCACUGCCCCCUACGCCUCCAAUUGUUACAUUUGGAUUAGAGAUGGAUUUCGCUGCAUCUUUUCACAGAAAUCAGAAGAGGUAUCAGGAACAGAUGAUUGAUAUCUUUACAAAGUAUGACCUUCCUUUUGAAGAUGAUUUAGUUGUGGACAUUGAAGUCCUCACACACGAGAAGCUUAAUGGCUCUCGUGCACCGAAAACAAAAAAACUGGUAGAAAAUCCGGAAUCUUCUCUCCCCCUGGAUUGGACUUUAAUUGAAGGAAGCUCUUGUGACAGCCUAAUUGAAAUCCAUGACACUACUCCGUUGUUUCGGGACAAGUUACUAGAUGAUGAUGAUGAUGGCAUUGAGGAUUCUAUCAUUGGAGGAAAAAUUGGCAAUGAUUUGGCGCUGCAUAAGGAUGAACAUUCUACACGCAAAAUGUGCUCCACCCUUAUACAUUCUCCAGCGAGAGGAGAGUACUCCGAUAACGACAACAGAGAACUUCCAUCACAGGAAUACCCUGAAUCAAACAGAAAACUAAUGUUAGGCAAGAAAACUGGGAAAAGCACAUAUAAGUCUAAGUCUGGUUCCUCCGAGCCUAUACUAUACAUUUCAUCUAGUGAUACAGAAACAGAAGCUGUAGACAGGCCUCAGGCAUAUGACUGCACUUUUUUGCUGAAAAGGGACUUGAACAAAUCCAGUUCUGUAGCCAGCAAAGAAACUGGUUUGUUACAAGGCAGUAUCCCAUUGCACAUAGCUACUCCUACCUUGGACAAGACAUUCACAUGGAACAACAAAAGUAAUAAGAUGCAAAGUCCUGAGAAAACCUUCAAGGGCAAUGUGAAUGAUAGGAAAGUGAGCUUAAACAAGCCCUGCAUGCUUAUUGAGGGUAAUAAAAGUACAAGUCCAGGAAAGACAUUGUUAGACAACGAGAGUAAUAGAACAAUAAGUGUGAAUAAUAAAGGUAGCAAUAAUAGUAGGAGCCUAGAUGAGACCUAUGUUUAUAACAUGGACAAAAUGACCCUAUCUCCAGGAAAGACAUUUGCUAACCAACAGCAGCAGAAAAUUGAUGAGGUAACGUUUUCCUACUGCAAAGAAUAUAUUGCGCAGAAUACAAAAGGGGCAUCCUCUGAAACAAGAAGACGAUCCAUUUAUUCAGCAUUGCCUAUAGUAGGCAGCCCUGGAAAAAGCUAUUCCAAAUCAAACUGUAGCUUGAACAAUGAGAACAUAACCUUAGGCAAGACUGACCAAAGUGAUUUAGAUAGCGAUGAGAGGUACUCAUGUAAAGAACAUGUGAAACAGUCUCCUAGGUUGACUUUCCCUCUAACAAGAAAAACCUCAUUUUCUGACAUUUCCAGCCCUGGACGUACUUCCAAAGCAAAUUGCAGUAUGAAUAAUAGAUCCGUGAGCAUAAUGAAGACCCCUUCUAAAAAUAAUAGGACCAUAUGCCCAACCAAGACCUUCACCACCACAACACCAAUCCAGAUUACUAAACUGACAAACACUGAAAAUAGAAGACACUCAUUUUCUGCAUUGCCUGCGGUACACAGCCCUGGAGUGGGACAUUUUAAAUCAAAUGAGCAUUUUGAAAGUUUGUAUAAAAAGUUAGUCCUGGAUGGUGCCAGUAAACCUAAAACUCGUUUAUCAGAAACUGUCUCUUCUCUGGUUAAUUCACCAGAGUCUCCGAGAGUGAAAAGGCCAGCAUGUGAAGAUCUGUCACUCUCAUUGUUAAAGAAGAAGAAGAGCAUAGAUGAAACUUUUAUAAUAAGUCCCUCAAAUCAAAAAGUUAACUCAGGGGGAAAAAGUACUCUGUCAUCCAAAGAAAUCAAUUUUGGUUCCCCAGUUCCGCAUACAGAUGUUAAUUCAGUUCUACAAAGUCGUUUAUCGUUUAACUCUCCUGUUUCACCCAACUUAUUGUCUCAAAGAGUUAACAGCGAAAGUACGAAAAUGUGCAACUCUCCACAAAUGGGCCAAAGAACCAACUCAAGUGUCUACAAGAAACUCUGCUUCAAGUGAAAAAUAAUGCAACGUUGCUGGACACGGAGAUGAAUAUUUGGCGUUUUUUUUUUCUCUCAAUACUUCUGGGGCAGUUUACUUCUUUGGGUCCCAAAUAUCACAAGUUUUGAAAUUGUGUAAAUGUUUGGUUUAAAUUGCUUAAACAAAAUAGAAUUCUGCAGCAUAUGACUUAAUUGUGGUUGUAUGACCUUCAGCAAUAAUACAGAAAAUUUGAUGGCGCUCAGGUUGCUAGUUUCCUUUUUCAAAGGGAAAUAGGUGUGUUCUAAAAUGACUAGUGUAACUGUUAAAUCUUUCAAAUAUGCUUCAAUUCAUACCAGAUGUUUUAUCUGGAAUGAUGCAUUGACUCACAAAUAGUGAAUGCUUUUUUCUUGCUGAUUGUAUGUGUUUUGAAAUGUUACAAUUGUAUUUUGGUUACCUCCAAUAAAAACGUUUAAAAAAAAAAAAAAUCAGACUCAGAAA